GUGUGGGUAAUUUUGGCUUUUUACAGUGGCAACAUCCUUACCGCAUGUGUAUGUGUAUUACACGGUACUGCGGUUGAAACUGAAACGUGAAACUAUGAAACUUCAACAUAACCUAUAAAUAUCAUGUGGUCAAUGUUGUUUAUGAAUUUUUAGGUUAUACGUAAAUUGCCAAUAGUUAGCUGUUAGGAUGGCGGCUGUUGAAGAAAUAGCCAUUACCAGCUGUUUAAACGAUAUUACAGCAUGGGAUGUACAGACAGGAAACGCUCUGAUGGUCUACAAGGGGGACAGCGCUGUGGCACCAGGAGGCUUGAGUGUCCUGGCUGCGCAGUACGUAGUGGCAGCCCUGCAGCAGAAACCCCUGCUGCGGGUGUGGCCAGUCAACAGUCAGCAGCCACUCAGCACUCCACGGUUCGUCUGUCCCGGCCGUGUCAACCUCGCUCAAGCCAGCCCUGACGGCUGUUACAUUGCUGUCACCAUCUUAGAGAAGAUACAUGUCUAUCAGGUGGCAUCUGGAAGGAUAGUAUGGUCAGGGGUGCACCAUUUGCAGCCCAUUAAUGUGGUGAAGUGGUCUGUGGACGGUGGACUGGUGGUCUGCGGUGGUCAAGACGGACUGGUAACUGUGUGGGGAUUGAGCCACACCACCACUGGCCCCACCAGUACUCCCACACCCCGCCUGGUACUGGCGGACCACUCGUUGCCAAUCACGGAUCUCACUGUGUCCAGUCCACGGCUAGUAACUGUAUCAAGCGAUCACACAUGCAAGAUGUAUGACUUGGAAGGUGGCUCUCUGCUGGUAUCUGUGGUGGUGAACAGUUUACCAACAUCAGUGGCCUUGUCGCCUCUAGAGACUGAGGUGUAUGUUGGCACAGCUGAUGGUCCUGUCCUCGUUAUAAGUAUGACCUCACCACCUCGCCAGUUGGAGUAUCACCUGGAUGCAGAGAACACCAAGGUAUUAUCAGGCCACUCGGCAGCUGUGCGCAGCCUCUCUGCCUCCCGCUGCGGUUCUCUGCUGCUGUCCGGGUCUGUGGACGGUUCUGUGAAGUUGUGGAACGUUGUCAGCGGCCAUUGUGAGCUAGACCUCUCCCAUCAAGGGCCUGUCACCAACGCUUUCUUUGCUCCCAAGGCACCUCAGAUGUUCCACACCGAGCUGAAGCCUUCAGUCGUCCUCAGUGGCUUCCAGACUGCGAAUAGUGAACAGACAGACUGUAUCUCAGUGAUCACGGAGAGACCCCUAGCUCUCUGUAGUGACAGAACACUUACCGUAGAUACAACCCAGACAGACCCUUCCUCCGAGGCCAGGAUCAAAUCCAUGCAGAUGGAAAUCGAUCUGCUCCGGUCCAUCAACUCCAAUCUGUAUAGGUUCUCCGUGAAUAAAAUAAUAAGGAACAAUAAAACUGUUUCCCCUGUUGCUCGAACUGUGGAAGGAACUGGACCAAAUAAGACAAGCAAAAAGAAGAAUAAUUUAAAGAAAACAUCCAAACAUGGUUUUAAUAGUCAGACAAAACAUGUUGUUCCCGUUAUUGGUUCAAGUGUUAAUGGUAUUUCAAAAAAGAAAAAGAAGAAAAAGAGAAAGAACAAGAUUGAAAUAACUAAUUAAAUUAUAUCAUAAGUUACAUUUUGCUGGACUUUAUAUGAAAUAUAGCCCAUUUUCUUCUCGUUA